CAAACGCAGUACAAAUAUUACCCACAAUGCCCCGCUCCUCCUCUCUCUCUGCCCCCGUCCGCCAUGCCUAAAGGAAAGAAGGCCAAGGGGAAGAAGGUGGCACCGGCCCCUUCGGUGGCCAAGAAGGUCGAAGCGAAGAAGGUUGUGAACCCUCUCUUUGAGAAGAGGCCGAAGAACUAUGGGAUUGGACAAGACAUCCAACCCAAGAGGGAUCUGACCCGUUUUGUGAAAUGGCCUCGUUACGUCCGCCUCCAGCGCCAGAGGUCUAUCCUGUACAAGCGCUUGAAGGUUCCACCUGCCAUCAACCAGUUCACCCAGGCUCUGGACCGGCAGACUGCCACUCAGCUCUUUAAACUGGCCCACAAAUACCGACCUGAAACGAAGCAGGAGAAAAAGAAAAGGCUGCUGGCACGUGCAGAACAGAAGGCCACUGGCAAACCGGACGUCCCCACCAAGAGGCCCCCUGUGGUCAGAGCAGGUGUCAACACUGUUACCACUCUGGUGGAAAACAAGAAGGCACAGUUGGUGGUCAUCGCCCAUGAUGUGGAUCCUAUCGAGCUGGUCGUCUUCCUGCCUGCUUUGUGCCGCAAAAUGGGGGUACCCUACUGUAUCGUCAAGGGCAAAGCCAGACUGGGGCGCCUGGUCCACAGGAAGACCUGCACAAGCAUCGCUCUCGCACAAGUCAACCCGGAGGACAAGGGGGCACUCUCUAAACUGGUGGAAGCUGUCAAGACCAACUACAAUGAAAGGCACGAUGAGAUUCGUCGUCACUGGGGCGGUGGAAUCCUUGGGCCGAAGUCGGUGGCUAGGAUUGCCAAGCUUGAAAAGGCAAAGGCCAAGGAACUGGCCACCAAGCUGGGUUAGAUGUACCAGGUGUCGCCAAUCUGUUCUGUACAUAAUAAAAGACCAUUUCGGAA